AUGAGACUCCUUUUCAUUACAUCAUUUACUUUCUUCUUCUCCUUCCUAAUUCUCCUUCAUCAGGAUUUGAUUUCAUUUUUUGCUUCUUCGUCUUAUAUUUCUCUUGUCUUGCUUACUGUAUACCAAAUAAAUAUUGAAUUAAUAUUUAACUUAAAAAAAAUCUCAGAAUAUAAAAUAUUUUUUCGCAUAAUUCCAAAUAAAUCUGCUUUUGGCUCUCUCUCCUUCUCUCUACUAUCUUUUCCCCUCCCUUAUUUAUAUUUAUUAUUUUUCUCUUCUUUUCCUUCAUUUUCUUUUUCUAUUCUUCUCUUACCCUCUUUUUCAUGUUAUCAAAUCACUCCCUUUCUUUCUUUCUCCCUUCUCUCUCUCUCUCUGUCAUUUUCUCCCCCCUCUCUUAUUACCAAUCGUUUUAUAGUUAUAUUUUUCUAUUCUCUUUUCCUUUUAUCAACUCUUUUUCUACCUUCUGUUUCUCACUUGCUUUCUUUCUCUCUCUUUUUCUUUACUUCUCACUUGCUUUCUUUCUCUUUCUUUUUUUCUUUACUUCUCACUUGCUUUCUUUCUCUCUCUCUUUUUCUUUACUUCUCACUUGCUUUCUUUCUCUCUCUCUUUUUCUUUACUUCUCACUUGCUUUCUUUCUCUCUCUUUUUCUUUACUUCUCACUUGCUUUCUUUCUCUCUCUUUUUCUUUACUUCUCACUUGCUUUCUUUCUCUCUCUCUUUUUCUUUACUUCUCACUUGCUUUCUUUCUCUCUCUUUUUCUUUACUUCUCAUUUGCUUUCUUUCUCUCUCUCUUGCUUUUCCUAGAUUAAUUUUUUUUUUCUUUUGUCCUUCCUUUUUUUCCUUUUAUAACUUUCUUUCUAUCACUUUCUAUUUAACCUUCCUCUUUAUUUCCCACUUGUUUUUGCUCUCUCUCUCUUACUUUAUAGUUAUUUUCCCUGAUUUUUCUUUUCUCUUUCCUUUUAAAAAUUCUUUUAGUGAUUUUUCUCUUUCACCAAGUUUUCUUUAUUACCUUAUUGAUUUUUCCCUCUUAAAUCUUAAAUUCUUUCAAUUGUUCUCUUUCCCUUUCAUUAUACUUACACUUGACCCCUGCUGUUUUUUGAAACCUCAUUCUCUUUCUCUUUCAUUUUCCUUCCUGUUCUUUCUUUCUUUUUUUUUUUUUAUCUGUCUCUUCUCUAUUCACAUUUCUUUUUUUUUAUUUUCUUCAUUUUUCCCUUCUACACUUUUUUUUCUAUAUUUCUUUCAUUUUUUUUUAACUGCUCUACGUUUUUCAUAUCCUAGUCUUUUUUCACUCCCACUUGUCAUACAUUUUCACUUCCUUCUUUUUCCUUUCAUUUCUUUCUCUCGCUUUUUUCUAUAUUUUUCCCCUGUUCUCUUUAUCUUUCUUUCUUACUUCUGUUCCUGA